CCAAUGUGGUACAAGACAAAAUUUAUGGUGUAAACAACUCUACAUCUUGGAUGAUGUGGAACAAAACUAACAGUUGGCUUCCAAAGAUUUGGUUCCCACAUUAUUUGUUUCUGAUGUACGCGUCCGUCCGUAAGUGGACAAGAAACGAAGGACCACUUGCAUGGAUCCAUCCCCCAACCCCUCCCCUGCAAUGCACUACUCUUUUUGUUCCCUUCUGCCUUCCUUCCCGUGAACUCCAAAAUACGUCCCCAAACGUACAAAUUCCUUUCACAUAUACACACAGUUUUGUGGCUUCUUUCUUAGUUUGACAUGUGAUCCUCUACACUCCAAUCCAAACCCAAUCUCUUUCUUCAUCAUUCACGAAACAAAAACAUGUCCCCCCGUCUGUGUCUCUGCCACACAAAAAUGAGGCGAUGAUGAGCUAUCCUUUUUAUGGCCACUAGGAAACGCCACAGCCACUUAUCAUCACUUCUAUAUUUAACACAACGAGCAAAGCUUUCACUCCGGUGUACACCCAACGUCCUACAAUGGCGCCUCGUUAUGUCCAUCUAGCAAUAAUACUAUCCACCCUUCCCGCUCUCUUCUGUACCGCCGCCACGUCACCAUCGGUUCCCGGCAACGACAACGAGUUCAUCAGAACGUCGUGUGGGGUGACCAGGUACCCGGAACUCUGCUACUCCACGCUGUCACCCUACGCCGCCGACGUAGGGAACAGCUUCCCUCAGCUGGUGAACGCGGCGCUCCGCGUCACCCUAGACGGCGCCGUUUCGACGUGCAGCGCGGUCCGGAGCCUGGCUCGUGCGGCGCCGAGGCGGAUGAAGGGCAGCGAGCUGGCGGCAGGGGCGGUGAGCGACUGCGUGGGGAACAUGAAGGACUCCGUCGACCAGCUGAAGGAUUCGAUGGCGGCGAUGAAAGGGCUGGAUCACGGUCCGGAUUUCGCGAUGGAGCUCGGGAACAUGCAGACGUGGGUCAGCGCGGCGUUGACCGACGAGGACACGUGUGUGGAUGGGCUGGAAGGGAGCGCGAUGAACAAGAAGGUUAGGGAUGAGAUACGGCGCCGUGUUGUUAGGGUUGCCCAGCUCACUAGUAAUUCUCUCGCGCUUAUUAAUCGUCUGUAGCUGAAUCUGAAUAUGUUUGCGCACUAGCUAGGUGAAUUAUAGUGUUGUUAAUAAAUUUCUGGAAUUUCAGAAUGCAAGUUCUAUUGUGUCUCAAUGCGUUUUUUCGUUGAACUUCAGAAUCGUAAAAUUGUAAGGUGUUGGUUUUAUAUGUGUAUAUAGUGCAAGUCGAAUUUUUUGGGUGUAUCAAUUAAAGUUCAUUGAUUUGUGAUUGUCACUGGAGCAAGAAAGGACUAUGCACUCUUGAUGAGCGUUGGAAGCAUCAAAGUUCAGCACCAAUUAAUUACGCUGAUUUUC